GGUAGUCAAUACGAAAUAUAAGAUACAGGUCAAGAUUAGAAGAGCACUCAUGGAGAAGAUGAAGAUGAGUUUCCAUUUGGUUUCAAUGUUGUUUUUGCCAUGCUUAUAUACAGCUGCAAUGGCAAUCAAAGAUUUGAGUACUGAUCAGUCAGCUCUUCUGGCAUUCAAAUCCUUCAUCACCUUCAGCCAUGAAAAUAUCUUGCUAAACAAUUGGACUACCUCUGCCUCUGUUUGCCACUGGACUGGUGUCUCCUGCAGUCUCCGCCAUGGAAGAGUCACAGCUUUGGACCUUUCAGACAUGGAGCUUACGGGCACUAUCUCUCCUCAUCUAGGUAAUCUCUCAUUCCUUGUCUCCUUAAACUUGAGCACCAACAAUUUCCAUGGCCAAAUACCAGAAGAGAUUACUCAAUCGCGGCGCUUGAAGUUCAUCAAUUUGACCUAUAAUCACCUCAAUGGAGGAAUACCUUCAUCAACUGGUAAUUUACGGAAUUUGCGUCAGUUCAGCCUCCGUAAUAAUAGUUUAUCAGGGACAAUUCCGUAUUAUCUGUUCAACUUGUCUAAAUUGGAGGUCUUGGAUUUGAGUUUUAAUCUCAUUCAUGGAAACAUUCCUCGUGAGAUGGGUAAGCUUGCGAACCUCAGAGUACUAUAUUUGACGCAAAAUAACCUUUCUGGAUCUAUUCCUUGGACCAUCUUCAAUAUUUCCUCGCUGCAGAAGCUUAGUUUGCAAGACAAUCGCUUGUCUGGUACUCUACCAGAUGAAAUGUGUGAUGCUCUUCCUAGACUUGAGUAUCUUUCCUUUGCUGCUAAUGAAUUGUAUGGUCAGCUUCCUUCAAGCUUGGGUAAGUGUAGGGAGCUUCAACUAUUGGCACUGUCACUCAAUAAAUUCACAGGGAGAUUACCCAGAAGUUUUGGAAACUUGACCAAGCUCCAACAAGUUUAUCUGGGUUAUAACAACUUACAAGGUGAAAUACCUGAUGACAUUGGCAACCUACAAAGUCUGGACUAUCUGAAUCUGGCUUUCAACAAUUUAACUGGUGUAAUGCCACCCACUACCUUCAACAUCUCAACCAUAAGAGUCAUUGAACUAGAAAACAAUAACCUCUAUGGUCAUCUUGAAUCAAGCAUAGGUCUUUUGGUUCCAAAUCUUGAGGAGCUUUACCUGUGGGGAAAUAACCUUAAUGGAGUGAUCCCAGCUUCUAUAUCCAAUCUUUCCCAACUCGUACUCCUGGAAUUGGGCUCAAACUUUUUUUCAGGCCAUAUACCAGAUACACUUGGAAACCUAAAAUCCCUCCAAUUACUCAGCCUGCACCAUAAUAAUUUGACGGCACAAUCUUCUGAUUCUCCUUGGGGCUUUCUCUAUUCUUUGGCAAAUUGCAGACAGUUGAGAGUAAUCGACUUAUCAUAUAAUCCCUUGGCCGGCAGCCUUCCAAUCUCUAUUGGAAACCUCUCUUCAUCUGUUCAGAAGUUAUAUGCCAUAAAUUGCAGAAUUAGGGGUGGUCUUCCUAAAGAGAUUGGUAACUUAAGCAAUCUGAUAGAUUUAGGCCUUGACAGCAAUGAAUUGACUGGAGUUCUUCCAGCCACAAUUGGUAGACUACAAAAUCUACAAGCACUCUAUGUUCCUCAAAACAAAUUACAAGGAUAUAUUUCUCCUGAACUGUGUCAGUUACAGAGUCUGUAUGCUUUGAUCUUGAAUGAUAAUGGCUUUCACGGUUCUUUGCCUGAAUGCCUAUAUAACUUGUCUUCCCUUAGAAAUUUAGACUUAAGCUCCAAUCAGCUAACUUCUGCUGUACCAUCUACCUUAUGGAGACUCACUGGCAUGUUGCAAAUAAACUUGUCUUUGAAUUCAUUAACUGGCAAUCUCCCUAUGGAUAUUGAAAGUUUGGAGGCCUUGACGAAACUAGACUUAUCAAGGAAUCAAUUUUUCGGUAAUCUUCCAGAAAGCAUUGGAGGCCUAAAAGAUCUUCUGUAUCUUUCCUUGGCAAAAAAUGGCUUACAAGGACAUAUUCCCGAGUCAUUUGGAAAUCUGAUAAGCCUGGAAUUCUUGGAUCUCUCUUACAACAACCUUUCAGGAGUUAUUCCCAAAUCCUUGGAAAAGCUUUCUCAUCUCAAGCAGCUUAACGUGUCUUUCAACAGGCUAGAAGGAGAAAUCCCUCCUGGAGGGCCUUUUACAAACUUGUCAUCUCAAUCAUUUCUGCAUAAUUAUGCUCUCUGUGGUUCAUCGCAACUACUGGUUCCGCAUUGCAAAAGCCCAGCUAUUCAUCGAUCCAAAAGGGUCAUGUCACUUGUGUUCCAGUUCAUUUUUCCAGGAAUUGCAUCCAUAAUAUUGAUAGCAGCUGUUAUCUUUAUCAUCUAUAGGCGGAGACAUAAACAGCAGGCCACCAAGCAGAACACACAAAGCUUCUCACCCCUUGCAACAUGGAGAAGAAUUUCAUAUUUUGAACUUGAAAGAGCUACUGAUGGAUUCAGCGAAAGAAACUUGCUCGGAAUGGGAAGUUUUGGUUCAGUGUAUAAGGGAACACUUGUGGAUGGGGUAGACGUUGCAAUAAAGGUUUUCAAGUUGCCGUUAGAGGAAGCUCUCAGAAGUUUUGAAGUUGAAAGUUAUAUGAUGCGCAAUAUCCGCCAUCGGAAUCUUGUCAAAAUCAUUAGCGGUUGCUCCAAUGAUGAUUUUAAGGCCUUGGUGCUGGAGUUCAUGUCUAAUCAGAGUCUUGAAAACUGGUUGUAUUCUCCCAACCAUUUCCUAAACUUGCUACAGAGAUUGGACAUAAUGAUAGAUGUUGCAUCAGCACUGGAAUAUCUUCAUCACAGUCUUCCAUCACCAAUUGUCCAUUGUGAUUUAAAGCCUACUAAUGUCCUGCUAGAUGAAAAUGUGGUUGCUCAUGUGGCUGAUUUUGGCAUUUCUCAACUUUUAGGAGAUGAUGUGUCUGUGAGACAUACCUUGACGCUUGCUACUAUUGGGUAUAUGGCUCCAGGUAAUGAUACCACUUCUACAUUUGAUUUAGUUCAGUUCAAUUGCUUAAUUUCUACCUUUAUUUUUUACCUUACUCUUAACAUACAUACAAAUUAUAACAUAUUUUACUUAUAAUGUCACCCCUUGCUUCCAUCUUAAAUUACUUAAGGGUGACAAUUCAAUUUUUAAUUUAAUUAACAGGAAUUGAGUUUUGACCUAGAAAUGCUCAAAGCGAGAGAGCGGAUGAAUUAAAAUGUGCAAACUAUGUUCUAAUUUUAAAACGUUAAAACUGAUGUGAAGAUUAGACAUAGGAAUAAGUAGGGGACAGUUUUAAUUUUAAAUGCCUAAACUAAUAUAAAGACUAGACAUAGCAAUAAGCUGAGAAUGAUUAUGAAUUGAAUCAAACACAAAUCAGUGAUUUACGCCUCU